CCAAUGUUCAGUGAGACUUCAAGGGCACCAUCAUACCAAGGUUGUCCAUGAUGAAGUUCACUUUGUUCCUGGGCUUUGUGGUGGGGUUUAUUCUGACUGCAGCCUCAGACUACACAUUCAACACAGAACUGGAUGAAGAAUGGGAGAAAUGGAAACUACGGCACAGCAAACAGUACACAGAGGACGAGGAGAUCAACAGGAGAAUGAUUUGGGAAAGUGCCAUGAGCUACAUUGAACAGCACAAUCGAGAGUAUGAAAUGGGGAAGCACACAUUUACUGUGGCAAUGAACCAAUUUGGAGAUCUGACCAAUGAAGAGUUCAAUACACUCAUGAAUGGUUUCCUCAGUAACGAAGCUGAAAAUUCAACAGAGGAAGAAUUUGAGGAAUUUGAUGAUGAUAAUGAAGAUGGUUUCGAAUUACCACGUACUGUUGACUGGAGGUCAAGGGGUAUGGUUACGCCAGUGAAAAACCAGGGAUCAUGUGGCUCCUGCUGGGCCUUCAGUGCAACGGGAGCCCUCGAGGGACAGUGGAAAAAAAAAAAUUCACUUAUAUCUCUGAGUGAACAGAACCUGGUGGAUUGUGAUAGAGGAUCUCAUGGAUGCAGAGGAGGAUUUAUGGGAAGUGCCUUUCGGUGUAUAAGGAAAGAAGGUGGCAUAGAAUCGGAAAAAACUUAUCCCUACAAAGCACGGCAGGAAGGCUGCAAAUUUCAAAGAAGUAGAGCCGUGGCCAGGCUCAGAAGUUGGCGAAGAGUCAGACGCUGUGAACCUUGUUUAGCAAGAGCAGUAGCAAAGGUUGGACCAAUUGCUGUUGCCAUUAAUGCAAGACGUAAAACCUUCCAGUUUUACAAACGAGGAGUCUACUAUGAUCGUCGCUGUGGCCACAGAGUUGUGAACCAUGCGGUGCUGUUGGUUGGAUAUGGUUCAAUGAGGAGAAGGAAGUAUUGGCUUAUUAAAAACAGUUGGGGAAAAACAUGGGGUGACAAAGGCUACAUUAAGAUGGCAAAGGACAGACGCAACCAUUGUGGAAUAACUAAUUACGCACUCUAUCCUAUUGUGUAACUGCUUCUCAGCCUUUUAGCUAACAUCAACUAUGUAGUUUAAAAAAAAAAGAGGUCCACCAUUCAACCAGAGCUUCAGAACUUGGCCUGAAAAUCUGUGGAAAUUCUUCUGCUUUUGCUUAUUAAUUUAGCACUGUUGCUUUAACAGUCUAUAGCAAAUAAAAACCUGUUCAGGGGAAUAAUCACAGCUCUGUAUCUUCUACUCUGUAGUAUAAAAUGCAAACUAAUGAUGUGUUGUUAAAUGCAGUCCUAAGUGAGACUGCUAUACAAGAUGUGAUGAGACAAUUUAUUAUAGUGCUGAGAAAUUAAUAAAAGCUGCCGGCAAUUACUUCAACUGUCUCUUU